CCCUUCAGAGGAUCCUGAGACAGCAGGUGGCUCUCCAUCAGCAGGUACCAUGAAGGUCUCCGCAGCUACCUUUGCAAUCCUCCUCGCCACUGCUACCUUCUGUGCUCCUGCCUCUGCCUCCCCAUAUGCCUCAGACACCACACCCUGCUGCUUUGCCUACAUUUCCGGCCGACUACCCUUCACCCACGUCCAGGAGUAUUUCUACACCAGCAGCAAGUGCUCCAUGCCAGCAGUCGUCUUUGUCACCCGAAAGCACCGCCAGGUGUGUGCCAACCCACAGAAGAAAUGGGUGCGGGAGUACAUCAACUCUUUGGAGAUGAGUUAGGAUGUAGGGCAUCUGGAACCUGAACUCAUGCAAACUUUCCUACUGCUUCUUGCUCUUGUCCUAUGCAGCUUGGGAGACCCUCACCAACCCCUACCCCCACCCCUUCCUGGGAGGGCACAGAUGCCACCACCCAGUAGCAGUUAUAAAAGUAGUAGCAGUUAUAAAUAAAAGCCUCCUCCAUCUAAAGUUUGCAAGAGCUCCGGAGGCUCUGCUUUGUGCACAGAAGGUCUCUAGGCUCUUGAGUUUCAGGCCUCUCAGCUUGACCCCAGCUCUGCAGUCAGGAAGGAGAUCAACAAGCCUCCAGAGACGAAGAUGGGAAGAAGACUGGGCUCCUUCGGCAAUGUCCCAUGGCCACAGCUAUCCUCUCAGCCCCUCACUGGGAAGGGCUGACUGAUAAAUGUGAGAAAACAGCUUUCCAUUAAAAUUCUCGCUGCAGUC